CUUUCCUGCCGUCGCCGCCUGGCCAAUGGGCGCGCUGCGUCGCCGUCGCCAUGGUAGCGGCCAGCUGGGCCCCCAGUCCGUGUCUGGCGUCUCCGCGACAACGUCUCCGGACCCCCCACCCCGAGCGGCGCCGGUCGGAGGGAUGGAGGCGGAGGGCGGGUCCCUGGCUCCCGCCCUUCAAGGCCCACCUGCGCCCAGCGAUGGAGAGGCAGCAGUGCCUCCUGGCCCCGAAGCCCCCUGCUGCGUGGCGGAGCCCCCUCUGUGCCCGGGAGAGGAGGGGCAGGAGGCGGCGGCGGUGUACGGCCCCAAGGAGAUGCUGCCUGAAGACCCCCCGGUGGUGGUCCGCACCCCAGCCUACUCGGUGGAGCUGCCUCCCUGCCACGGGGUCCCGGGACCCACUCUUGGGGAGCUGCCGGCCACGGAACAGGAGGCCAUCCCCGUCAUCCCCCUAGAGCCCAUGAGGGAGCUCCCCAUUCGGGGAAAGUGCCUGAUCUACAACUGGCAGGAGGAGAGAGCCACCAACGACCUGGACCGCGUGCCCUGUCCCGAGUGGGGCACAGAGGCCUCCUUCUACCGGCACGGGCACCGGGGGCUGCUCACCCAGCAGUUUCUGGCUGGCCUAAGCAGCACCACCACCAUGAAGGACGCCUACCGCAGGCCCUGGAGGACUGGGCUCCCCAUAAGAGGGCAGCGCGAGGCUAUGCUGGAGUGGCUCCUGUACCAGAAGCACAGCAAGGAGCUGAAGGAGGAAGAGGACGACGGCCCCCCAUGUGGACCCAUGGAUACCAUCUCCACCACGCAUGACCACUUUCGCAAAGAGGGCUUCGUGUCGGUGGCCCCUGCCCCCACCAAGGUGAGAGAGAGGCAGUGGCAUGUGGGGCAGGAAAGCGCCCCCCCAGGGGCAGCCCCCCAAUCCCCCCCAAAAGGAGGCUGCCAUGUGACUCUUGCUCUCCCCCCCCAGCCCCACGACUACCGCCUGGAGCAGCCGCAGACCUUCUGGUUGGAGCACUGCCGACAGGUGCCGGGCGUCUCCAAUAUCCGGACUGGUGACACCCCCUUCAAGAAGUGUGCGACGUUCACGACCCCCACCACUGAAUACCUCGACCAGCCGCUGCCCUACGGCCCAGAGAACUACCCCAAGCUCUAAGAAAAUAAAGUGGGGCAGCUAUUGGCAGAUUG